GGGGCGCGGGCCGGCCGCGCGCUCCUUCCGGCCCGCGGCUCGCUGGCUCUCCCUCCGCCUCGGCGCUGCCAGGGGCGGGGUCUCCCGCCGACCCGCCCGGUCCCCGGCCUGGAAGUGGAAGGACGAGAGCGAGCCCUGGUGGGCGUUCGGCGGUGUGCAGCCGCGGGCUCCGGCCUGUGCGCGCCCUCCGCGCCCCGCGUCGUUCUCCGCCGCCUGCGGAACUUCCCGCCAAAAUCGCUCACCUGAGCGCCCGGCGCCCGAAACUUGGCAGCGGUGAGGAACGUGGCUGAGCGACGCGCUGCUCACGGCUCUCUUCUUUGUGCCCCUUUCUCAGCUGGUGCUACAUAAACCUGGGCACAUGCUGAUGUCUGUGAGGGACCGUUUUGGCAGGCUCUGGUCACCCUCACGGGAUGUCAAGAGUUGAGAAGACUUUCGGGAACACUUAACGCAGGGAUCUGCACCCUCCCUUAGACCUCGAGGUCUGGGACCCCCUAAACGUGGACACAGUUUACUUAUUUCAACCUGACUCUGGGGAGAGGGGACAGACCAUCGAUUCUGUCAGAUUUUCCAAGUGUUGGCGUCUGUGCAAAGAUCAAGGAAUAUUUAGCUAAUCAGAUUUCUUCUCACGACAAGCAGGCUGCGUGGAAUGAACAGAAUUGGCAGUCUCCCAGGUAUAAACCCAAGAAAACCCGUGUAAUAAGAAACAUGAACAAGAACGGUCCUAGCAGAAUUGUUAGUAAAGAGAUCAGAUGUCCCGAAGAGUCAUGAUGUAUCUCAUGCAGAAUGAGCCCCUCUUCCAUCUCAUCUACUUUCUAACAGCCACAACUGCCUUCCCAGCCUGGCAGGCAGAUGGAAGUUCAGGCAUCUGAGCAAAACAUCCCAAGAUACAGCGGCUGUCAAAGCAGGACUCGUAAUAGAUUGUUGUUGAAUCAUGAGAGAUGAAAUUGCAGCUACAGUUUUCUUUGUCACAAGACUGGUGAAAAAACACGAAAAGCUGAACACACGGCAAAUAGAAGACUUUGCAGACAAGCUAAUGAAAAUCUUAUUUGAAACAUACCGAGGCCACUGGCACCCCAGUUGCCCUUCGAAAGGGCAGGCCUUCAGGUGUAUCCGAAUAAACAAUCAGAAUAAUGACCCCAUUCUGAAAAGGGCUUGUGCUGAGAGUAAAGUGAAUUAUUGUCACCUGGGACUUCCAAGAGAGAUGACCAUAUGGGUGGAUCCCUUUCAAGUGUGCUGCAGGUAUGGUGAAAAGAAACAUCCAUUUCUGGUUGCUUCUUUUAAAGGCAGAUGGGAGGAAUGGGAAUUAACUCAGCAAAUAAGUUUUGCUGCUAGUAGAGCUUCCCUAGACGACUCCUCUGACGUGUCCUCUGAUGAAGAGAGUGGGAGCGUGGCGUAUCGGAUCAUCCCUAAAGUCAGCAAUCCCAAGAGCGUCUAUCAGGCUGAAAUUCAGAAACAGCCCUACCCAUCCUGGCCCCACUUCCCCCGCCGAAAGAGUGUGGCCGACGGCCGUGUAGGAGUCCCAGCAAACCGAACUGCUUCUCAGGCUGCGCGUAGGAACCCCAAGUGCUACCGGCCUGCCGCUGGGCACCGUAUGGACAGGCUACUCUGUGGAGAUCGUGUUGGUUUCCUGAGGACACAACCUACAUUUUGAAUUCAAAAGGGAAGGAGGGAUGACUCCGAUGGAGGAGCAAGUGAGAGCUGAGUGGCAGCAGAGCCCUUGGGAAGCUGAGGACAGUUUCCAGAGCACACUGAAAAGCAGGAGGAGGCUCAUCCUGGACUCAUGUGUUAGAAUAUCAGCAAAGGACUCCAUAUAAGUCAUAACUUAUCAAGGUGCACAUUUUACCCUCAUUUUAAAGUUGGCAGUACAGUGGCAGAGAGGUUAUUAAGUCCCAGAUGGCCAAAGUUAAUACGCAGUAGGCUAUGUCUUUAAACCCAAGUCAGUGCUGCCCCCAAACCCUACUUCUUUGUAUGUUCACACCAUGGGCAGAAGGAAGCUUCUAGAAAGAGGGAGAUAAGCAUCAGGAAGAUGUCACUCCCGUUUCCUUUUCCUGCUUCUCCUUGUAUAAGCAUUGUGGGUGAGUUGGAGGACUUGGCUGGACUCUUUUCCUGAGUUUUUGAGUGGGAUGUGAAAGAUUGUUAUGGGAAGUUGAGGAUUUGAGAGAUUCUAGGUGGCUUUAGGACUAACUUUGCAGCUAACUAGGCUGGAGGACCGUGGCUAGGCAAAUCACUUAACUCUGAACUUCAGGUCCCCACUAUAAAACGGUUGUCAUGCUGCCUGCUAUGGUGUUUGAUGAUCCUAGGAAAUAAUAAGGGAAUGUAUACUCUCUAAAAAGUGUAAGACCUAAUGGAGUUGGCAAGAGAUUGGAAGACAGGAUACAGCCAAGUACUCCAGGGGACGGGGCACAGAAUCAUGGAGUGUCUUCUCUAGUCCAUCCGUCACACAUAGGCAUGACCAAUGGAGCUGCAGUCCUAACCCUGAAUGGAUUAGCUGAGGUGCACUGAAAUGCCAGCUCAUUCUGGGUCUGAGAUUUCAGGCCUUGAGAGUUCUUGUCCCAGAUCAGUACAUACCCAUCCUGCCACCACUGGCUUCGAUGCCACAUGCUGCCUCUAGCUGUCUGGCCAGUCUCUGAGCCUGCUGCAGGAUAUGAUGCAGACUCAAGGCCAGUGCCUGCCUCAUGUCUUUGAUGGCAGCCUCCAGGGGCCCCUGGGCCCUCCCCCCUGGAUUCUGCUGCCACCGCUGGAGCACUGUGAUCACUCGUCUCUGGGCCACCAGCACAUUGGCAUCCAGCAGGGCCUGUGACCCUCCCGUACAGGGCAAUGUCCGGCCCUCCUGUUGUGAUGCCCCUUGGAGCCGGACUGUCUUCCUGCUCAGUGGCUCCACAAAGGGGUCACCAGGCAGCAUAAGGUUCCCAGAAGUAUCUCGAAGCCCUCCCAGUGGAAGCACUUGACCUGAAAGCAAGAAAUCCGGA